UAAUGGGUACGAUGGUUGUAGGAGUGUUGAUGGCUUUCGUAAGCUUGGUGACAGUUUCUAUGUGGGGUUUGAAUGCACAGAAGAAAUUGGUCGUGGGAAGUACUGGAAUGGUGGCCUCUAUCAUUCUCUAUGGAUCUCCACUCUCCGAUAUUAGAACAGUAGUUAGAACAAAGAGCGUGGAGUGCAUGUCAUUCUAUUUCUCAUUAUUUGCAUUCCUCGGCAGUGUGUUGUGGUUGGUGUAUGGUGCUCUCAGUAAAGACAUUCUUAUCAUGGCCCCCAAUUUUUUUGGAAUACCAUUAGCUUCAGUUCAGAUGAUAAUAUAUUGCAUGUAUAAAAGAAAGAAGCGAUUGAGAGUUGAAGCUGAAGAUGGAAAAGUGGAAGUAGUAAUAGUAGUUGAAGAGGGGAAAGUGGAAGUAGUAACAGUAGUUGAAUUGGAGAGCGUGGAGGAUAAAAGUUUGGCCAUGACCAAGUUCCCUGCUUUUCCCUCAUCUUGACAGCUAUAUGCAGUUUAAGAGUGUUAUCCAUGAUUGAUCCCCUCCUCCGACCAUUCCGAAUGAGUUUCUAAGA